AUGACCCCAACACCCCCUUCUACAAAUUCGUCGAGUGCUGGCCACUCUCCAGAUUACAGAGUUGUCCGGAAACGAAACCGAGUACCUUUGUCAUGUGGGCCUUGUCGACACAGAAAGCUGAAAUGCAAUCGUACGAAUCCUUGCGAAAACUGUGUCAAACGAGGAGAUGCUGCUUCAUGUAACUACGCGCAACCCAACUCGCGCAAGAAGAACUCGUCCCAGCAGUCAUCCACUACACCGGAUGAUAUGCAAAACCGCAUCGAUCGGUUAGAAGGCUUGGUUCUUUCGUUGAUGACAAAUGGCUCUCAGUCUGCGGGUCCAUCUGCUGCCAUGGCGGCGAUCUCCGGGGAAAAUAGUGUGGGCUCGACUCGGUUCUCCCAUGAUCUCGAUAUCGAAGAGGAGGGCGCCGAAGAGAGCGACACGGACCAGGUGACGAAGUCGUUUGGUAUUAUGAAGAUGGAUAAUAACAAGUCCUAUUACAUCAGUGAUGCUCAUUGGGCGUCUGUAUUAAACGAUAUCUCCGAGGUGCGAAGUUUCUUCACAACGCACAAGAAGCAACUUGAUGAGCAAUUUGAAAAAGUCAAGGCGGCCCGACCAUCUACUGAUUCAUCAGGCUCGACUUUGUUGUUUGGUAUCAAUAAGCCGAUGAGCCGUAGCGAGAUCAUGACUGGCUUGCCGUCUAAGUAUACAACUGACAUUCUUAUUGCUCGCUAUUUCAACUGCUAUGACCCUGCAACCCAUGUUCUCCAUGGACCCACAUUCCAAGCACAGUAUAAUAAACAUUGGGAUGAUCCUGCCGCGACCGAACUAGUCUGGAUUGCCAUGCUCUUUGCAAUGAUGAGGCUGGCAAUGCUGUCUUACCACCGCGAAGGCGAUGAGCCACCUGAAUUCCGGGGCAAGUCCAUGGACAUGGCUGGGGGAUUCCGGAAUUCUGUAGCACAGUGCUUGACAUUGGCUGACUACACGAAACCCCACCCGUUCUUGAUUGAAGCGCUCGUGUUUCAUCUGCAUGGCGAUUUCUCCCAGACCCGAGAGGCGGAUAUUUCGAUCUGGGUCAUGACCGGCGUUGUUGUUCGCCUAGCAAUGCGAUCAGGAUAUCACCGUGACUCCAAAAUGUUCCCAAAUAUCACACCUUUCCAGGGUGAGAUGCGACGGCGAGUCUGGACCUUUGUGCGCCAAGCCGACCUUCUGUUUUCAUACCAGGUCGGGUUGCCGGGGAUGAUCCGGAGUACAGAUAGCGAUACUGAGCUACCACGGAAUUUGUACGAUGAUGAUUUCGAUGAAGACUGCAAGGAGCUCCCGCCACCACGUCAAUUGAAUGAGCCAACCCCAAUCUCAUAUAUGAUUGCUAAGGCGCGCCUGUCAUAUGCAUUCGGACGUGUGGUUGAACAAAGCUCUGCUGUAUCGGCGGCCCCAUACGAAAAGGUGAUGGAAGUCGACGCGGAACUCCGACAGGCAAGGGACAUGAUCCCCGAGCACUUGCAUAUUCGGCCUAUGGAGGAGUGCCAGUUGGAUCCUAUCAAUGUUAUCAUGUCGCGAUUUUUCGUAAUGGCCGUAUACAACAAGGCUCAGUGUGUGCUUCAUCGCCCAUAUCUGGUUCGCGCCCGAGAAAAUCCUCGUUUCACCUAUUCUCGAAGGACAUGUAUCGACUCAGCAAUGGAGUUAUUGCAAGUCCAGGCGCUCCUGCACGCGGAAACUCACAGCGGGCGCCUCCGUGGUCGUCAGAGCCGAAUAAGUUCUCUCAGUUCAGCCGACUUCUUACUGGCAGCCACCAUUGUCAGUCUCGACCUAUACCACGGCGUAUCAUUGCAGGUGACCGGCCGGCCAUCGGGAGACACAUACACAUGGGGCCGAGAGCGGCGGGAUGAAAUGACCGCGGCGAUCCAACUCUCGAAAGAUAUUUGGGAUGAGUCGCGUGAUGAGAGCAUGGAAGCAUGGAAGGCGUCUAGCCUUCUCGGUGUGAUGCUCAGCAAGCUGCACAUGUCGGUCCCAGGCCUUGAAAAUAGCGCCGGAGCUUCAUUUGAGCCACAAGACGAGAAGCAGAACGCGGCCAUGACCCUCGGCCUGUUGAGCAGCGGAAUGAGCCCGAUGAACCCGGGCCCUCCGCCCUUUGCUGACCCUAUGUUCAAGAUGGGAGAUACACCAAUGGGAACAGGAAUAGGUGGCGUGGGCGCUUCGGCCGAAAUGCCGGGUGUACUUUCGCCCUUUAGUAGCAUGUUCGGGCAAAUGCCGGACACGCAAGUUAAUCUGGAUUGGGAUGCUUGGGACACAUACAUUCAAAACCCAACCCUCGACACAACAAAUCAAUUCUGGCCUAUGAUUGAUGCACAGCGCCAAGCAACCCCACAGUCUGGAGGCAUGUCACAGCCUUCAGUGUAUAUCUCGACUGUCAAACCGGAGCCAUCCACGCCCGGCCAAGUCCGUGUGCCCAAAGAAGAACGCCGACGUGAGUAUUUGAGCGAGGGCCCUGUACCGAAGACCACCGUGUACGUCGGCAACCUCUUCUUCGACGUGACCGCGGAGGACUUGCGCAAGCAUUUCGAGAAAUUCGGCGCCGUAGAGAAUGCACUGAUCGUGCACGAUGUCCGCGGGCUGAGCAAAGGAUUCGGCUACGUUACCUUCAGCACCAUCGAGGAAGCCACGCAAGCAAUCACGCAGCAGCACGGAGGCAUCCUGGAAGGUCGCGAGGUGGUGGUGCAAUUCUCCAACACGACGUACAGAUCCAUGGCCGAAACCAAGCCCACUAGGACCCUCUACAUCGGCAACGUUCCCUACGAAUUGACCGACCAGGAUCUGCAGGAUAUGUUCGACGAUAUCCCCGGUGUCACUGAUGUCCGUAUCCCCAUCGACCGUCGCACUGGCUUGCCCCGUGGAUUUGGACACAUCGACUUUGCCGAUCAGGCCAGCGCUUCUCACGCUAAGGAGGUUCUCUCCCGCAAGGCGCCUUACGGCCGCAAGCUGACUGUCAGCUUUGCUAAGCGCAAGGUCUUGAGUCCUGAGGAGCACAAGCGUAACCAGGAGAAGAGGCAGCAGAAUAAGAAGAACUCCCUCAAGCAACACUCGGAUGCUCAGACUAAUAUCGAGUCGGUCUCGGGUAUGAGAGAUCGGAAAGUGCGCGGAGUGAAGGAGGUUGCGGAAGUUACUGAGAUCAAGGAGACUGAGCCGGUAACCGAGCAGGUAACUGAACAGGUGACUGAGCAGGUAACUGAGCAGGUAACUGAGCAGGUAACUGAGCAGACCGAGACCGAGAAGAAGCAAUAG